AGGUGCAAGGCAAUGGGCUACAGAUUGCAAGUACCAAAAUACAAUGGCUACCUCAUCAGCCAUUUCAUCUUCUUUCCUUCCCUCAACACUUGUAACAGUUCAUACUCAGAAUAAGCAACUCUCACUUUUCCAUAAUCAUACUCAGACUAGCAACACCUCCAAGAAGAGACUGUCUUUCAGGGUCCAGGCUGCCAAGCUUCCUGCUGGUGUGGAAUUGCCAAAAGUGGAGCCAAAAUUCAGUGCCCCUUUUCUUGGAUUCACAAGGACUGCUGAAACAUGGAACUCUAGAGCCUGUAUGAUUGGCCUCAUUGGAACUUUCAUUGUAGAACUGAUAAUAAACAAGGGAAUACUUCAAGUGAUUGGAGUUGAAGUUGGAAAAGGUCUUGAUCUUCCCCUCUGAGUAUUGAAUUUGAGUAUAUCUACUCUAUUCAGUAUGGUUUUUCAUUUGGAUCAAAAGUCACUCUUAAUCUUUUGUAACUUAAUUCUGCUUUGAAUUUGUAGUUGGUGAAUCUGUUGGGAUUUAUAUGUCCUGGCAUAGCAAAUUCUUAUCUGAAUUGUAGUGACAUAUGUUACUGACAUAUCUGAAAUAUUUAUGAUUUAUAUAAUUGGUGAAUUCAAUGUAUUA